AUGCUGCAGUGCCCGAAAAUCCUUGCCAGAGCAGUGCGGGCCAGGCAUAGUGUCAAGAUUGACAACAUCACUUGCACGCAAGACGAAGUGAUUUCGGUGAAGGAGGAGCUCAGGGAAAAAUUCUCAAAGUUCGGAGAGAUUGGGGAUGUGUAUAUACCAAGAGAUCGAAAUUUUGCGUUUGUUCGCUAUCUGGAGAAGCGCGAUGCUGAAGAUGCCGUUGAUGCGAUGGAUGGUAAGGACAUAAUGGGCCAGGAGAUCAGCGUGUCCCUUUCCAUGCAGGUUCGCGGCGUCGCCGGGAUGACUCCCGGUCUGAGCGCGGAGCCCAGGUACUUCACGAUCGAGCCCCUAGAACUUCCGCGCAUUGGACCAGAAGGAAUGUCACAGGGAGAGUUCAGUUCCGUCCGUGGGGCUUGCUGGGCGACGCCCGCAGACCACAUUCGUCGCGCUCAGCUUCGCGAGAACGGCGUCGGCGUAGAAGGGGCAGGCGAGAUGAGUCGCGAAGCCGUCGCCGUCGCCGGCGUCGAUAGCAUCAAGAGGCUGCAAUGGCGCUGGCCCGCGUGUGCAUGCCCGAAAGCAAGCGGCAGACAGCCCUUGUGUGGCAACUUCCAACCAGCGAAGCUGUCACCACAAGCAAUCAACUCCAGUAAUUUCAGUUUCCUCGUCCUAGUUUCCAGUGACUCCGGUGUUUGGCACCGUAUGACACGAACCCAGCCGACAAGCUCGCUGUCUGCGGAUGGACCACAGGGCUGCAGCCACUUUAGCGAGAAAGCUCUGUGCGGUUUUGGAUCACUUAUGCCAUCGGCCAGUUGCAAGAUUUCGUCUGCCAUAGGCGCAGGAGAGCAUCAGCUGGAAGAUCUGCUCGCGGCCGCACGUGCAUUGGGCUCAAGAAUUCACGCUCUGCUCUUUUCGCCGCCAUGA